AUGGUAAACCCCGAGACCUUCGAGCGGGCGGAAGCCUACCGUGCCGACAUGCUUAGCCUCAAUCCGAAAGUGCUGCGGAUCCGCAACAUGCUCACGCACAAGGAGUGCGCUUUGCUGCGGUGGCUCAUGUUGGAGGCAGUCAUCUACUUCGGCGACAGCUCCGAGUUUGUCUUCACCCGGCCUGGCGCCCUCAACGCCUCGUCCGGUUUUGGCAGGUUGGGCAAGAGGCCGCUGCUGCGGAUGCAAGACACAGACCAGCUGUCCUUCUACUUUCCGGAGCCUCCAGACUUCCUGGUCGCCAUGAUGGAGAGAGUGGCCCAGACCUUUGGCGUGCAUCCCAACAACGUGGAGGCCAUCUACCACCUCUACCUACCCAGCGCCAUGCCAGCGAACUUGCACCUGGACAACUUCAACAAGUACUUGUGGCCGCACCGCUUCCAGUCCGUGUCCCUGUUCCUGGACGACUACGAGGAUGGAGGCACCGUCUUCCCGCUGCUUCUGGAUACAUUUGGACGAGCGGGCAAGGUUAGCCAUAUGGGAGUUGCAGCAGAGCACGACGAGGUGUUGGCCUGGCAACAGGCUUUGAACGACUCGCGCAAUCAGCGUGUUACCAGCGACACCGAAGCGUACGUUCAUCGCCGAGUAGACUCCAACGAGCCCAGCGAGUUUCGGCAGCGGGUCCUGGAAGCCGCCAGAGACAUGUGCAGGCAUGGCCGAGCUGCACAGGCUCCAGUCCUUCCGGAGAGAGGGACGCUGUACCUGUGGUUCAACUACCUCGAAAAUGGAGAGGAUGACGUGCGGACCAUCCACGCCGGCUGCAGCUCCAGCAAAGAGUACAAGAUGAUCGGCACCAUGUUUCUGCGUGAUGGCAGUGGCCCAUUUCGCGAGCAUGACUCCUUCUGGGAUUUUUCGGUGGGGCGUGCUCACGAGGCGGAGGAGAUACGACGCCGGCUUGAGAUGGUGGCUGUUGCUCGCUUCCGCUUCGAUCACAUCGCCGCGCUUUUUAACCUCGAGCGUCAGUCGGUUUUCGAGCUCCACGGCGGUGCAGAAGCUGUGAGGCUUGCGGCCUUCCAUACCGACUACACAGGCUUCCUCAUCGAGCGUGGAGACGACCGAGGUAUCCACAGCCUCUUGUCGGGCAUGGUGCAGAAGUACGGCUUCAAGGGAGAGCUGAAAUGGUCUUUGACCUCCCAUGAUGGACUCAUGUUCUGA